UGCAAGAAUGAAGGCUGUGAGGCGAAUGACGCACGAUCAUCUCCCCCCUGCCCGCUGAUUGGCUGCGCAGGCCGCCCUUCAGAGAGCCCAGGUUUAGGGAUGUGCGUUCAGAACAGAUUAUGAAGCAGACCUCGUCUCUGGCAGUCUCGUCAGAUUGUCUCAAUGGCUAAACACAAGCUUUUCCUGUUUUUUUCUCUGUUACUGUGUGUGUUUAUCUCUCUGUCUUUGCCCUUCGAUCAAGUGCCUGCGAUCCUGGACAGGAGCUCUGAGGUCCCGCCAUAUCAAGCUGUGAGAAUUAGAACAGAUAGAGAACAUGUUGAGAGUCCAAGUGCCUCACAUGAGGAGAGUUAUUCGCCUGCAGCUGAAAAUCCACUCAGAAGAAUACUGCAGCAGCCCUUUGGAUGGCAUCUGCAUUCCCAGCCCAGAACCAAACGGAAGUUACUAGAGUCUACCAGCUCGGGACCCUAUUCCCCACUGACUGUAGCUUACAACGGCAAGAUAUGCAUCCUAUUUAAAGCGAAGAGACUGGCUAUUCGAUACAGAAACAACACUUUCCUGGACCUCACAGAGAGGGUAUUUGGAUCCAAUGCACAAGUAGACACCAAAGGCUCUGUUUGUACAAAGGAGAAGGCCACGCUUUCUUUGCAUUUGGGUGAUGUGGAAGACAUCAGGGGACUUGUCAUCAGGCUUCAGAUGUCCAACACAUAUUAUGAAUCAGUAAGCCAGAACUGGUUCACUCUGGACAGCGUUCACAUCCACUACAACUGGACUCAUGAGGCCACAUUCAAUGCUACAGAGGUCUAUGCCCCUGCCACCUAUUCUUACCACUGCCAGCAUGUCAGCAGCUUACAGAAAUAUGACACCCUACUGGUGCCCAGCUCCCACACUGACAGCUCGGCAAACUGGCACAUCACUUUCACAGAUUUCCAGAUCCAGGCCUUUAAUGUCCAGUCCAACAAGUUUGCUUCAGCAAGCGACUGUGCAACCUUCUUCACUCCAGCAAUCUUGAUGGGUCUGAUCACCUCUCUGAUUCUGCUGCUGGUGUUGGCCUACGCCCUGCAUAUGGUCGUCCACCUCAAGCACAUUGACCGCUACGAAGAGCACAAGACCACCGUCUACUUCCCCCGCACCCCCGAGGCCGAGCUCCCAGACAAGAACAGAGUGUGAGGAGUGACGACGGUGCUGUAAAACCAGCAAAAGAGCAGCGUGAUAGGAUUGCUAGUUCUGAUUCUGGAUGGCUUCGUUGUCCUCUUGGUCUUCCUCCUCCCUGGCACUACAUCCUCUCUUUAUCACUGUUUUAACCAAACUUCUGACAGUCACAGAUUGAGAUCACCUGAUCAAUCAAGUGUUAAAACCCUGGCUGGAGCCAAAACCUGGACAGAUCACCGCUUUCUAGGACCAGGACUGGGAAGCCUAUGAAAUGGGGACAAAAAUGUGAAGCUUGCCACCAUUCUGGCGGACUUUUCAAAGCACUUCUCUGACUGGAUACAAGUACGGUGGUUAGAAAUAUACAAAUUGACAAUGCGGCAGUCGCAGAAGAGAAAAGACUGUGAAACAGAAAUGACUGUGGUUUGAUAUGGAAUUUUUAUUUGCAGUACUUCAUAAAUCACCAUCUCAUGCAUCAGAAAUGGAGUCCGCAGACUGAUCUGCCAAUUACAAGACUGUUUUAUGACUGCUAAAGUGGUGCAAAACUGUUUGUCAGCCUUGAUGGGUAACUGACAGUAAUAAUGUGAAUAAGAAACAUACAAAACAAACCAUAAAUGUACAGUGCUUAAUUCUAUUUAUGUAUUCCAGGACUAUACCAUGUAGAUUCGGGAACUCCAUAAAUAUACUCAUUGGCUUUAAACGAUCAGCUAGAUAUUCAUAUAGAGCUAGAUUCAACUGCUGUUUUUAAGUUAUUAACAAACUUCCAGUAUUAAGCACCUUCAAAUCUAUAAAUAUUAAGUGCAUAAAGCGUAUAGCAAGAAAAAUACUUUUUUUAAAGCUUCGGAAACUGAUAUAUUGCACAGAAUUUUUUUUAUAUGAUCUCAUAAUUGCUAGAUCUAUA